AUGCCGCCUAUGGCCAGCGGUGGUGAACGUCCUGAGGAGCAAGUCCGCCGUGUCAACCCCGGUCGUGCAACCUCAAAGCGCUACCGCACCUCUGAGUCAAUUGGGAUCGACCCGAUCCCGCCGCCCGGCGCCGCCCCGCCGUCGUCGGAGCUGCCUCACGGAGCUGCCCUGCCGUCCUUCGCCUCGACUCCUCCUCGCCGGACCUCCUCCUCUAUGUCGCCGUCGUCCUCGUCCUCCUCCCCAAAGGCUCCAUCGAGCCUCGCCGACCCUCGUCUCUGCAACGCUGGUGAGGCCACGGCCUCCCUCUCCUUGCACUCCCCCUCCCCGUUUCGACGUCGCCGUGCCCGCCGCUCCGCAUCGGCGCCUCCCCUGCUCUCCCUCGCGCGGGAUCCCACGCCGCGCCUAACCGCGCGCCCGCGCCUGGGCCGGCACCCCGUGCCGCGCCUCGCGUCGGCGAGCCCGCCCCGGCUCCCCUGCAGUUGCUCGCUCCAGCCAUUGCCUUCGUCCCGCACGCGCCGCUCCACCCCUGGCCUCGCCGCCGAGCGCCUCCCCUGCCACCACCACCUCCAGCCGCGCCCCCCUGCGCCCGCUCCGCCCAGCCGGUUCGCGACCACCCCUCUGCCGUCUCCCCUGGUCCUGGCCGCCGGCGAGCGCCGUGCGUGCCCAGGCGCCCCUCGGGCAUGCGCCCGUUCAGGCUAUGCCCGUUAG